CUAUAUUGCGUAAAGAUCACGGCUUUGAUCGCGGAAGUCAGUAAGUCCCUGCGCUAGAUUUUCAACCCAGUUAUAGAUUAACUGGUGAAGUAAUUGUCUGCACCCUCUCGACCAAAGGUUUCAGAGGAAGUCCAGAGGAAGUCAAUAAUGACCAACAGACUAGAACGAUCCAAUUCAACACGAGGGGAAUCUCUUUACACAAUUCUACACUUGCCAAGGAAGUCUUCACCGGAAGAGGUCAAAGCAGCCUAUAGGAAGUUGGCACUGAGGUACCACCCUGAUAAAAAUCCAGAUGACCCUUCAGCAGUCGAAUUAUUCAAGGAGAUAAACAGAGCCCACACCAUACUCUCUGAUGAAAAGAAGAAGUACAUCUAUGACUCGUAUGGUUCAGCUGGGCUGCACCUGGCCUCCAUGCUUGGGGAGGAUGGGGAGAACAUCCUGGCUUCGCAGAACAACCUUUGCAUGAAGUUUGUGAGCUAUUUCUGUAUGGUCAUCACGUGUUGCUGCUGCUGCUUCUGCUGCUGUUUCUGCUGCGGCAAAUGUUUGACGAAAGAGGAAAAAUGCCAUAUACCAGAGGACCAGCCCAUGCACGCAGAUGAUUCAAACCCUAUUCUGGUUCAACCAUUUACCGUGAACAGGGAAACAACUCCAUUAACCCAAGAGUUUGAGUACAGCCAAAACGCAGUUAGAUAAGAAAUGAGAUAUUUGCUUUCAGUGGAGAUUGCAGGCUGCUUCAACCUUUGAAAACUGGGUAGAAUCCUUAACACUAGCCACUAUUCUCCAUCAUCUGACGUUUGACAAAGAAGUCUUAAGGGUUUGAAGCACAGAAGAACAUUUGGCCCAAGAUGUUCAUUGCAUCCAUAGACCAUGUAAAAUCUACUCUAUCAUGGACUAUGGUCAUGCAGAGGUGGAACUACAUUGGUCUGAACAGCAUGUCCACACCAAGUCAUUUUGUCCUCAGUCUCCAAAAUCCCAAAUCACACUUGAUACUCUCAUUACAAAGCCAUUUUGAAAACCAUCAUCAUUUCUCUGCAGGUAAACUAAAGCCUUGCCGCCUACAUUAUUAGCCAUGAGCCUUUCAUUACUCUAACUGCAAAGGAAACAUCAGCUUCCAUGGAGCAUUUGACGAGAUAAGUUUUGGUUUACUUGCUGAAUGAGUACCAACUCAUUUAUUUCUCCUUUGUCCCUGAAAUGUAAUUGGAUUUAGAAGUGGGAUUAGAAAUGUAUUUUCUACUAGACCCCCUCAGAACAAAAUCAUAACGUGAAUGAAAAUUUAGAUUAAUAUGAAGGAGAGCAAAAUGUGCACACAGAGUGUAGGAAACAGAUCAUCUCGUUUCUUGGCAAGAUUUUUAUACACUUUAACACUUCUUCCAGUGUAAAAAAAAACCCGAUUAACUGAAACAGCAAACGACAUCCAUCUGUAGUGAGAUUUUCAACUUUGGUGUUUUGAAAAAUAAUAUUUAUAUGUUCACAAAACAAGCAAAUUCAACCCCCUUAAACUCUACUGUUAAAUGGACAAUCAAAUUCAUGCAUUACAGCCCACAUCUCCAUUGUAAAGUUAAAAUGUCUUGGUGACUCAGGAGACUGCUUAUUAUCGAUCAUAAUAAGUGCAAGAGAAGGUUAGAAUAAGUUUUGAGUUUAUAUUUUGCCAUUGCCAGGUAAGAGAAGUCAGUGAUUGUUUUAACACAGGCAAAUAUCACAACAAACUUAUGAACAGGAAGGGCCCACGAGAAAGCAAGUUAGCCUGCUUUUGGUAGGAUGUAUAGUAUACAGGACACUGAAAGAAACACAUUCUCUCUAUUCAAAGGUGCGAUGAUCUGAUAUGUCCAUUUGAGAGGGAAGACGAUUCUUCAGAAAGGCAGAAUCUUAUCACUUCCUGGUUCAUGGCCUCUGAUUCCAAGGCACGAAUGUUUCCCAAUGAGCCACAGCUGUUUGAUUUUUGUAAACUCCAUAAAGUUAUUACAUUGCUUCAUAAAUAAAACUAGGCAAUAAUCUCCGGGGACUAAUUCUGUUAUUUAAUGAUUCCUAGGAUGACAGGUAAACUGCAUGAGGAGAGACUAAGUUUACUGGGUUUAUUUUUGUUGCACCCAUUUCUCCCACUA